AUGGCCGCUGUUUCUCAGUCUCCGGCGACGCAGCCGCCACAGCCCUGGGAGGAAAUUCCAAUGGACUCAUCGGGGUCUCAGCCAGAUGCUGUAACCAUCUACCGGGAUGGCUUCCACUACCGUGUGGACAAGAAGACCAUGGAGAAGCUGGACCUGCCGGAGUGGUUGAGGAUUCCUCCCUCGAGGAAGGCGGACUUGGGGUGUUUUCAAGGCUCUGUAACAGCAGAUCGGUCUACUAAGAGUCAGCUGCUUUUUCCUGCAAUGAAGUGUGGGCGGAGCUCGUGCCAGCUCGUAGUUCUGUCAUCCAGGCAGGCCCAGUUCGGCCAGUGUAUGGCGUCCGGAUCAUCGUAG